GCAAACUGUUCCGCAAUAGUGACUCUACUCUAUGCCUACAGGAUGUAAAAGAAAUACAGAGUAAUACCCCUUUAGACUCAUUACGUCAGUGUCAUGGCUGACGAUUGUUCUAAAAAUAUUGAUUUAAUUAUAAAUAAAAUUCAAUAAAUACUAAAGGAGGAAAAUAAGUUGUUAAAAUAUACAGAGAAUUAUCAUGGCGUCUUAUGGAAAGGGCACUUUUGAUGGCUUUAGUCCCUAUCAAGGUGAUUCUCGUUCAGAAGAAAGAGGAUCAGAUUUUUCCAAACUUUCCAAGGAUAUCAGCACUAAUAUUCAGAAAAUAACUCAAAAUGUUACACAAAUUCAAACAUUUGUCAAUCAGAUUGGUACAGCUCAAGAUUCUGAUAAAGUUCGACAAAGAGUUCAUGAGACAACUCAUUACACCAAUCAGUUGGCCAAAGAAACAAGUGAUUAUCUGAAGAAGUUAGCACAUCUUCCUAUUCUAUCAUCGGAACAGAGACAAUGGAAGAUGCAGAAAGACAGGCUGACUGACGAGUUCAGUAAUGCUCUGAAGAAUUUCCAAACAGUCCAGAGAACGGCAGCAGAGAAGGAAAAAGCUAGUGUUCAGAGGGCUCGUGCACAAUCUGGAUUAGAUAAAUCUCCUUAUGAUGAACUAACAGAUGACAGAAGUUUUUCACAAGGGUUUUCCCAAACAAGGCAAGUCUUACAGAUGGAACAGGAUGUAGAUCUGGAGUUACUCAAAGAAAGAGAAGAUGCUAUUAAAAAGCUGGAAAGUGAUAUCAUGGAUGUAAAUCAAAUUUUCAAAGACUUGGGAAUGCUUGUACAUGAACAAGGAGAAGUGCUAGAUAGCAUUGAAGCCAACAUUGACAAUGCAACAAUGUCUGUAGAAGAAGGCACAAAACAAUUGAGUAAAGCCAGAGAAUAUCAGGCCAAAUCUCGUCGAAAAUGUUGUAUCUUGAUUAUUGUUAUCAGCUGUAUAAUCCUCAUAUUGGCUUUGAUCAUCUAUUUGUCUGUGAAGUGAUCCAUGCUGGUAACAUUGACAAGAUUCAUCAGGUUUAGUUCUGUUGGCAUAAGAAAUGAAUGUACUGUUAUUUGUUUUUUCCUGAACUAUUGAUGCCAACUAUUACAAAAUAUCAUACUCUUUUUUUUGAAAAUGUUUUUCUUUUUAGCUUUUGAUUUGUGAUACAAAAAAAUCAAUAUUGGCUUUUUACACAAAGUACCAUAAUAUAAUGUCAUUCAACAUUUGUCAGUAUGUUCCAGCUAAUUUUGUAUGUUAACUAUAUUUUUGUGUGGCACAAGUCUUUUAAGUUACGUCUUUGUCAGUAAAAUAAAUAUCAGUUUGUCCCUUUUCUGUUGGACAAAAACAAAAUUGUUAAAUUCUUAUAAAAAAGCAAACAACUUUGCAUGAAUGUGGGAGGAAAGGAGUAGAGGAAAAAACAAAACUGUCACUUGUUAUUUUAGUAGUAGUAUUUUAGUCUGUAGUUUUGCUGUCCAUUGUCUAAUAAGAUUGUCUAAUAAGUUAAUGUGAAACAAUCUCUGGCAGUUCUUAUAAAGCUAUCAUGUGUUUUCAUCCUGAUGAAAUCAGGAAGUUUCUCAAAUACUAUUCAACUAACAGAUUAUUCAACAUUUAUGUUGAUGUAGUCUUUCUGUGAUGAACAGAGCAAUCUACUUUUGUGAUCUUAAUGUUGUCUUUUUUUAAACAAGGCUAAUGGUUCAAUUGUUUUUUAUUAGAAUUUAAAUGCUGUCGAAGUCAUUUCCAAUGUAGAAGAUAAUAUCAAAUGAUAACAUAGCAAUACAGCAAAUCUUUAGUUAUCAUACUCAUGAAAAAUUAUAACAUUUACAGGCAUAGUUUUGCCAAGGAAAUAUUUGUGAAGACAAUUUCUUUAUUUCAUUUUUUUUAUUAAAUGUAUUCAACAUUAAUUGCAAGUAAUUUAUGCUCUGUAAAUUUCAUAACAAAUAAAGUGAUGAAAAAGUUCAUGUGUUUUGUACAUUCCAAUUGUGCAAUCAUUUUUUUUUAUUCCAAAUACUUGAUCUAGACUAUUUAUUUGACAAUUGUAUUGUGCAGUCCUUCAUAACUGUUAGUUCUCCUUUGUUGACUAAAGUCAAUUAAAUCCAUUAUCUGAGUCUUUCUUUUUUUUUUUUUGCUUUGAUCAGAAUGUCUCUGAUAUAUAUAUAUAUAUAUAUACACAUAAUGCACACACAUGCUAGCUGUAUGCAUUCUAAAAAUAUCAUUAAAAAUGCCAAUAUUAUACUAUGUAUUGUCAUGUGUUUAGAUGAUCAUUGCUUACUUCAUUAGUUUUAAGUUUCUUGGAAAGUUUCCACAGUGAACAAACAAUUUUUUGUUUGGCAAAGGGGAUUUUACAAAAUAAAUAAUUUUUCUUCAUUAUAGGUAUAGGGGUCUAAAGGGGUUUGACAAUACCUUCAAUAAUAUGGACAGUUAGAUACAUCACAAAGUAUGAAAUUUUUUUUUUUUAAAUAUUUUUAUUUGCCAUUUACAGGAAAUAUACAUAAUUUCCUUUUUUUCUCCUCAUGAAACGUUUGGUUUUAAAAUUAGCAGUUAAUGAAUCCAAAUUUACAUUUUAAAAUUUAAACCUUACAAAUAUUUUAUAUCAAAGAACUAACUAAUUAAGUACUUUUUUUUUCUUGUAAAGUGUACAGUAAUAGAUUAAGCCAGCCAAAUACAUUAUAAUCAAGUGUCAUUUUGUGUAUAUAAUGUAAGGAUUGAAUUCAAUUUUAGUGACUAUUAUGAGUUAUGAAUCCUCCAGAGUAGUACCGGUACUAGUGUCAUGAUUUGUGUUUUUUGUCUCUUUUAUUCAAAUCAGCAUUUUGUUUCAAAUUCAUUUUUAAAUUAAUACACUUCUCCCUCAAUAAAAUAUUAUACAUUAUUUCAAAGGGCAAUUUUUAUUUAUAGUUCCAGUUCCAUCUGAGUCGUAGUAAAUAAUUUAAUAUAAUGCUAAUAUGGGAUCAGUUUUGGUUGGAUAUAUAUAUAGUUCUGUUUAAGCCAGUAAAAAAUAAAAAUAUUUCUAGGUAGCGUUUAGCUGUCAUUAAUAUUUGCAUCCUUUUUUAUUUUUUAAACUGUAUAUAGAUUGGUUUGAGUUUGGGGAAACAAUUAAAAAGAACCUAUCCUUGGUUCAUUCAUUUAUUGAAGCAUAAUCUUUUUUAUUUUUAUUUUUUGUAAGCAAAUAUCUCUUUAUAUUAGAAUUUAAAUGCUGUCGAAGUACCCCUUUCAGACCUUGCGAUCUAUGGAGCAGAUUACUUAAGUGGCCCCCCAGUUAAUGAGGGCAUCAUGUGGCCAGCCCAAUGACCAACUGACUUCACUUUUCCACAUCUAAUGUCAUAACCAUUAGUCUCAGGGGUGCCCUAAAAAUCCAGAAACUCAAAAUCUUAGUCUAUACUGGGAUUGGAACCUGGAACCUCUUGGUUUGGAAGCCAAGUGCUUUACCAAUCAGCCACUGCCCCCUCUCCCCUCCCAAUUUUUUUUCUCUUUUCACAAAUAAAUUAAAAUUGUAUAACAUUAAAUAUAUUAGUAAUGUGAAUAUUUUUAGGCAUGUGUCCAAGCUGUUCAAUUCUAGACGUGAUUUCUCUCCUUGUCCCUCUCUCUCUUACUCUAUUGUUUCUGUAGCCUCUCAAUGAGAAAUUGUUGAAACUUGAUCACCAUUUUGACUAGAACAUGUUUGUAGAAAAGAUUUAUAAAUAAAGGUUUAGUUUGAAUGUCAUCUA